AUGGAGACCACCAUCCACCGUCUGCUCUCCGCCAGCACCAGUGACGGGCUCCGAUUUGCUUUAUGGCCGCCCCCCAGCUCCGACUGCACACUGCCUUCCCGCCUGGCACACGCAAGCCGAGGUGAAGCACAAUGGCAAGUCCACCUUCCAUUUGCUAGCAGUAUGAUCCCAAGAAUGAUCCAACCCGGAAGCCACAAAAGACCAAGGAUCCAGGGUGGAACAAUAAGACAAUUUCAGAUUGCAGUUGAGGCCACAGCUCAGUUUGGUUCAGGGUACAAGCCUCCAACACCUUAUCAACUUGGGGAGCCAUUGCUUAAAGAGGCUGUGAAGUCAACAAGUACCAUGAGGGAGGAGCAUGAGAGGGCAUGGAAACAGUAUGGCUGCACACUUAUGUCUGAUGGAUGGUCCGAUAGGAGGGGACGCCACUUGAUUAACUUCCUAGUGAACAGCCCGGAGGGGACAUACUUCUUGGAGUCAGUUGAUGCAUCAAGUGAAGUACAUGAUGCUAAGAUGCUUGCUGAUCUGCUAGAGGAAAGAAUUGAUGACAUUGGAAAAGACAAGGUUGUCCAAGUUGUUACAGAUAAUGGUGCUAACUUCAAGGCAGCAGGCAAGCUUUUGAUGGAAAGGAUUCCUACAAUAUUUUGGAGUCCAUGUGCUGCACACUGUUUGGAUCUCAUGCUAGAGGAGAUUGGGAACUUGCCAGCAUUCAAGAAAUAUAUUGCACGUGCAAGGCGUGUUACAACUUUCAUCUAUAGGCAUGGGAGGAUCCUUCAUGCCAUGAGGAGAAGACAGUGGGGCUGA